AAAGCAAAGGAAGAAGAAGAAGAAGAAACACCAUCAGAAGAAGAAGAAGAAGAAGAGAAGGAAGCGAAAGAUCGUUUUGAAAUCGUGUUGCCAAAAGUAAUCAUCACGUUAAAGUAUCAAAAUGGUGAGUACUGGAUGAUUGUGCAGUAUAUCCAUUCAGAUAUACGUCUCUUACAUGAUUAGUAGCACUAAACAGCUCAGGUUUGGUGAACUGUGUUAGCAGCAUAGUGGCUCACAGUGAUGCGCGUUGUGUUAGCUAAUAUUGAAGCAUGAACUACUUAAACUCUAACACAUUAAAUCAUUUCAAUAACAGAUUCAAAACAGUCUUGCGGCCAAAAACUUCUGAAUUAAGCCAUCUAAGCUCCUUCUGUUUUGAUAUGGGUCGAUUUUAUCAUGAUUGUUGCCUUGUGUGCUGGCCGUUUUAGAUGUUCAGAAUGAUGGUUCUUAAAUGAUGAAGUCAGUCACACUCUCUGCUCUGAAUGAAACUUACACGAUAACUACCAGAUAUCUGCUUUGAACAUGAGUUUUUGUAAUGAGGGUUGAUUAAAUUAAUUCAUGUUCUCUCUAUCAUUUCACAGCUUCCCUUGUCCCUGCUGAAAACUGCCCAGAACCACCCAAUGGUAAGAAGUUCCUGAUGCCUCUCUGUAAAUAGUUACAUUAAUAUUUGGACCAAAAAUACUCACAUAAUCAAAAGUAAGUGGGACAAUUAUUUUUUCACUUGGUGUAGGGGAGAGUGGGGUAAGUUGAGCCACCCCCUGUUGCUUCGAAAUGGUGAAAGAUAUUGAUCAUGUGACCAAAUAUUUAGGAGAUGGGCAUCAAUUCAUGGAGUCUCUGAAGGUUAGAAGCACAUGGGUGAAGGGUUAGACAUUUAUUUACAAAAAAAAUAAAAUAAAUAAAAAUACUCUUGAAAGUGAAUUUAGUCUGUCAUAAGUUUUAUUAGAAUUGUGUUCAGACCAGAAAAGAUCAUUUUAAAUUAAAUACCAGCAGAGGGGUGUUUUCCCCUCUGCUGGUAUUUGAUUCUAUCCAUGGCCCAUAAUUACAAUGCCUUGUUUUUAUUGGGAGGCUGAAAACCUGAUCAAGCAUUCAGUCAUCUUCUCUGUAUUGUUUCACCAACACUAAACAGUAGCUGACUGGUUUUCUUGUUUUUUCUUUCCUCAGCUGGUUGAGCUGAAAAAUGGAGAGACCUACAACGGUCACCUGGUCAGCUGUGACAACUGGAUGAAUAUCAACCUGAGAGAAGUCAUCUGCACCUCAAGGGUAAAGCUGAGAGUUCUGCUUUCAUUUUUCUGUUUGUAAAACUGUAGAUGGAUGGAACUGCUGCACAUACUUGAACAAUGUAGUCUCAAACAUGUUGUUAGAAGAUUUUUCCAAAAGACAAAAAAACUGAAGUUUGAAUAAAGUCAUGAUCUGGUUACAUUGACAGUCCUGCUCCUCUCUGACAGGAUGGAGAUAAGUUCUGGAGGAUGCCUGAGUGCUACAUCAGAGGGAGCACCAUCAAAUAUCUGCGAAUCCCAGAUGAGAUCAUCGAUAUGGUGAAGGAGGAGGUGGUGUCAAAGGGACGCGGGCGUGGAGGUGCCCAGCAGAACAAACAGCAGGGCAAAGGAAGAGGAGGAGCUGGACGUGGUGAGUAAAAAACGACACACUGCUACAUUUGAAGAUGUUCACGCCUGUCAUCAUGUGCAAGUUUGUUAUGGGCUGCACCCUGCUUUGUAUAUUUUCCAGCUGACUAUUUGGGUGACACAUCACUGCAGGAUUCAGCCUAAAUGUUAUAUGGUUUAGUUGUGUUUUCUGUAAAGACUCAUCAAUGAUAACUUUGCAUCAGUGCUCUUAUCACCUCAUUUCAGGACUUUAAUUCUAAGCUAAUGGUUUUUGGCAACCAUAAAUGCAGAAGAUUUGACAUUUCUCGCCUUCAUCCUGCCCUCUUAUCUUCCCUGCAGGUCUGUUUGGUGGUCGUGGCAGAGGGAUGACUGGUCCAGGGCGAGGUCAGCAGCAGCAGCAGCAGGAUAAGAAACCAGGAAAACCACAAGGAAUGAAGAACCAACACUAACAGACUGCAUCAGACCUUCAACACACUCGUCCUGUUCUUUAAGACCAUUUCUGUCAGUACACGAAGAUAUAAAAUCGAACUCUUUGGUGUUUGCUCGUGCCGUAAUGUUUGUCAGAACUUUUCUCGCACUUAGUUUUGUUUUCUAGCAUCUGUAAGACGGCCGAUAGUUUUUUUACUGACCACAAACCAGAGCUGACAGACUUCUUUAGUAAUUACUUGUAAAACAGAUCACAAUUUGUAAGAAGUUUUCUAUCAUUGUAAAGUAUUUCAGCAGGGUUGAUCUGAAAACAGUUUGCAGUCCGCACACUGGAGUGAGUGUUUUAGUUUUCACUUUUUUCAUGGUGAAGCAACUGCCCAGCUCCAACGUCUGUUGCAUGGAUAUUGAUUUUUAUUGCUUUUAAUUUUUUGUUCGUGUUUUUCUGCAGUUUUUGUUCAACAUGUGGUCUUUCAACAGCAAGCGGGCUGGUAGAAUGGCACUCAGGGGAUGAAGAUUCAGCCUCUGGAAUAAACAUUUUUGUUUUGUUUGAUCAUUUAGGAGUGUGAAGAAAACAAAAGAUUCUCAUAUUCGGAAGUAUGAAACAGAUGAGUCCAACAUGUGUCAUGUUGGAGGGGGUUUUGUUUUAUUUUUGUAACAAAAGACGUAAUUUAUUUACAUGAGAACAUGAGAAUAAAGCAGCUUUUGUUUAAGCAGUUGUGUUGCUUUAAGAACAGAUCAUUUGAAAGAUUCACUCAUGCUGGUGAAAACCAACCUAAACUCAAGCAAAUAGUUUUGAAGUCUGACAAGAAUGAAGUGGACCCUGUAAGCGAGUCCAGGCAGGUAACUAGAACUGCACUGACUUCACAUACGGCUCAUAAUCGCCUCAUGAAUGUACCCUCCCUGUUCAGUUGUUUAUUUAAGCUGCAUAACUCCUGCUUACUCCAUCUGCACUUGUACUGUGCUUAAACUUUCAGCCCCAUCGUCUCCCCACAGUUCACCUGCAGUCUACAAGGUUAAAAAUAUCUCAUCACUUUGUAGUUUUUCUGCAUGUAGAUAAAUGUGCAAGGAGCGAUAAGGUUGGGGCCUGACCUAAAAUAUCCUUAGUCUGAAAAAAAUAGAAGCUAACAGUAUUUGUCAUACUAGACCAGUGUAUCGGUUGUUGCAAAAUUUAAAUUAAAAUGGCCAAAAGUCAGAAUAUAUUUGAAAUAAUAAAAGUUAUGUUAAGUUAAAAGGGUAACUAUUUGGAUACAAGCUUUUUAAAGUUCUGCAAAAAAAAUCCAAACUGUGAUCCCUUUAAGGUGCAAAGUUUAUUGUUCAACAUGCAAAAAUUACUUAUUUGUCAAAACAUUUUUCCUCAUGACAUACAUUUUUAAAGAGCAUUACUUGAUUGUUUUCUGAAACUUCAAAGCUUUUGAAAAGCUUGCAUCAUAUUCAGGCUUUCGAACAUCUCUACAAAUACAGAUCCAAAUCAAUUACAUAGAAAAAAAAGUUACAUCAUCACAUUUCUUUAAACUGGAUUAUCACAUUACCUUUCUGCCUCUUAGAUAAACACAACAGCUGUUGGUUUUGAAGGAUUAUUAUAACAUGAUCUGAAAAAUCAAAGUACAAAACACUUGUUAAAGACAUACAACAUUUUCUUGAGUGGAUCCUGAGAUCUUCAUACAUGGCUUUUCAUCGUUAAUAUAAAAAACUUGCUCUCCUUAUGAACUGGAUAAUAAAGAAAUAAAAUGUGUUAAAGAAUCUUAAGGUUA